GUACUGCUAGAGGUGUUCCUGAAGUACGGUGAUUGACUGCACUGGUAAUCAACCUGGGUCUUCUUUGCAUGUGUUCUUUUAAUGGAGGACAGUUUCACUCGUGGCAAUGUACUAUGGUACUGAGUAUAAUUGUCAGUCCUCCUGGUAAUCAUUCUGUGAGGAUUUUAAGCACACUAAGAAGAAAGGACUGUAUCAUAUAGCAUCACUACUGCUGAUCCAGUUACUGCAUUCUUACCACACUUGGAGGUCAUUCUAACUGGUGAUUCACCUCGUGUGACUGAGAGCUCUGUGGAGGCAGAGUUUGUACCACCAGACCAGUGACUGGAGUGAGGUGCUUCCUCAGAUAUGA